CCUUUCUUUUACCUGUUACCUCUCCACAGCUUUCGGACAGCUUUUAACAUUCCAGAAACUGGAUGGGGAUUUUGACCUGUUCCCAUCCACUGUCCCUCUGCGGUUUGGGGUAAGACCCAGUCUAGAACAGGGUCAUCAAGCGCUAAUGCAACUACUGGAAAUGUGGGGAUUUUUCAUUUUUAGUAUUGUCUUUGAGGAGCUUGGAUGCAAGAAAAGAUAAUUACUCUUUAUUCUUUUACUCUCCACACUAUUUGGAUUACCUAUGAUAUUGUUUCCCAGUAAAAGGACGAGGAUCGCUGUUCCUGCCGGAUACUCCCGUACACUUAAUCCACCUGGAGUUUGGAUUCGGGUGUUAAACAGGCUCCACCAUCGACAUGGAUCCUACAGAAUGUAGUGAAACUGCUCCAGUGAUGACUUGGGGUUAUCUCGUCGCCUUUCCCGUUUUGAACUAGAGGCCCGCCGAGCGCCGAGGAACCAGUCCUACUCACGAAGAAACAUUCACUGCCACGCUAAUCCCCACAAAUUAUCUACUCCCCUGCUGUGUCUCAAGCAUAGCUGUGAGAGGAGAAUGGCCAGUCACAGAGACCCCCGCUUUCUUCACAACCUGUCCUACCACCCACGAUGGCAGCACAACUCAAUGAAAGUAAAGAGAAAAGGACGCUUACGGACAGCGGCUGCAAGCAGUUGCAGUGGACAUAGUGUGUUUAAAUCAUCCGCAGCUUCGUCGUUAAAACCACAGUUGCCAUCACGCCCCGCGCAGCGUUCCAGGAGCCGUUGUGGGAACUGGCUCCUGCUGCCGUUGCUCAUAUUCUCCUUUCUACCCUGUCAAACCUGGGCGACCACUUUCAAGGUGGCCCUGGUUGGACCCUGGACAUGUGACCUCUUAUACUCCAAAGCACUUCCGGACUUGGCAGCCCGCCUGGCCACGGCCCGCAUAAACAAGGACCCUCACCUCAACAAAGGCUACUGGUACGACUACACGCUGGUCAACGAGGACUGCAAGUCGUCCCGGGCGCUGGCUCGCUUUGCCGGGCUGGAAGGUUAUGGUGCUGCAUUCCUGGGCCCCGCCAACCCAGGCUACUGCUCCUCGGCCGCUUUGUAUGCAAAAGAGUGGGAUGUGGGGAUUCUUUCAUGGGCUUGCCUCAAACCCAACAUGAAUACAUUGGGGAUGUAUUCCAACUUCCUGCGGCCGCUGCCACUCUCCUCCCGUGUGCUUUUCUCUGUUUUGCGAUUCUUUGGGUGGGCUCAUGUGGCCAUAAUCUCAGAGGAAACCGAUAUAUGGGAGGCCACGGGACAGGAGCUGGCCUCGUCACUGAGGGCCCUUGGCCUGCCGGUCAACCCCGUGGUGACCAUGGAGUCCGACAAGGAAGGGCCUCGGAGAGCACUGGCGAAAGUGCGGGAAGCAGACCGGGUCAGAGUGGUGAUUAUGUGCAUGCCCUCUGUCCUGAUUGGCGGACAAGCCCAGUACCAGCUCCUGACAACAGCCUUUUUAAUGCGUAUGAUCGACCGUGGCUACGUGUUUAUCCCCUACGACACCCUUCUGUACUCACUACCCUACAAAGAGGCUCCCUACUAUGUGCUCGGCAAUGACACCAAGCUGCGCAAAGCUUUUGACGGAGUCCUCACCGUCACCAUGGACUCUGGAGAACGCAAUUUCUACGAGGCUUUUAAAGACGCUCAGGACAGCUAUGAAAUCCGCAGCACCACCCCACCAGAACAGGUUUCUCCAUUCUUUGGCACCAUCUACAACAUGAUCUACUACACAGCUAUGGCUGCUGAGCAGGCUCGCGCUGAUGGAGGCCGCUGGGUAACCGGUCAGGUCUUGGGUGAAACCAAGGGCGGCUUUGAAUUUGAAGGCUUCAAUCAACCCUUGAAGGCUGGAAGGGAAGGUGAAGGCAUGCAGGCCCGCUAUGUGGUGCUGGACUACAGUGGCUUCGGCCACCAUCUCUACUCCACCCAUGUUCUGGAUGCCGCUCAUACAUAUGGAGGGGUCGGGAGCUUGAAAUACCUCGGCCGCUCGAUCCAUUUCGCGGGCAGCACGCCCUACACAGACUCAGGCUGCUGGUUUAGCCCAUACUUUGCCUGUACCGGAGGCCUGGACACGGUCACUUUCUUCUUUCUUCUCCUUGUGGUUGUUGCAGUCGUUGGAUGCGCAGCUAAUUUCUUCGUUAGUCUCAAGAGAAGUGGUAAGAUUGGGCUCAACUUUGGAGGUACUAGUAAUGGUGGAUCAACAAAAGUAGUGCUGACCCUGGACGACCUUGUCUUCAUUAACACUCAAAUCAGCAAAAGGAGGAUCAAUGACGAAAGUAUCUUGAAAAGCCAGCUUGAUUUUAAGACACCGCAACACUCGGUGUCCGGUCGCAGCUACAUGGCGUCCUCACCGGACAGCUCCAAUGUUGCCGUGUAUGAGGGCGACUGGGUCUGGUUGAAGAAAUGCCCCGGUGGAUCUGCAUCCGCUAUAAACAGCAGCACCGAGUUUGUCUUUGUCAAGCUCAGAGACAUGAGGCACGAGAACCUCAAUCUGUUCUUGGGUCUGUUCUGCGACUCUGGGAUCCUCGCCGUUGUGACCGAACACUGCACCAGGGGGAGCUUGGAAGAUCUGCUCAACAAUGAGGAAGUGCGUCUCGACUGGAUGUUCAAGUCUUCCCUGUUGAUCGAUCUGAUUCGGGGAAUGAAGUACCUGCACAACCGUGGCAUCCUCCACGGGCGGCUCAAAUCCCGUAACUGUGUGGUAGACGGGCGCUUUGUGCUGAAGGUGACAGACUAUGGCUUCAAUGAAAUUUUGAUAGCCCAAAGCAUUGACAGCGAUGACGAAAGGCCAGAAAAUCUCCUUUGGACGGCUCCGGAGCUCCUUAGAAGCACCAGUCUCAGGAAGAGGGGCACUUUUGCUGGGGAUGUCUACAGCUUCUCCAUCAUCGGGCAGGAGGUCAUCACCCGCUCUUCACCUUACUGCAUGCUGGACAUGCCGCCCAAGGAGAUUAUCAGCAAGCUCAAAGAACCUCCUCCAUUGUGUCGGCCCGUCCUGUCUGUGGACCAGUCUCCAGUGGAGGUGCUGCAGGUCAUGAAACACGCCUGGAGUGAAGAGCCGGAGAAGAGGCCGACCUUUGAGGAGAUCUUCAAAUUGUUCAAAAGCAUCACCAAAGGAAAGAAGACCAACAUCAUUGACUCUAUGCUGCGCAUGCUGGAGCAGUACUCCUCCAACUUGGAGGAUCUGAUCAGAGAGAGGACGGAGGAACUGGAGGUGGAGAGGCAGAAGACCGACAAACUGGUGGCUCAGAUGUUGCCCAAGUCUGUGGCCCAGGCGCUGAAGACGGGAAAGCCAGUGAAGCCCGAGCAUUUCAGCGAGGUCACGCUGUACUUCAGUGACAUCGUGGGCUUCACCACCAUCUCAGCUCUCAGCGAUCCUAUCGAGGUGGUCGACCUUCUCAACGACCUCUACACACUCUUUGAUGCCAUCAUUGGACUGCAUGACGUGUACAAGGUGGAAACCAUUGGAGAUGCCUACAUGGUAGCCUCAGGAGUCCCCACCAGGAACGGCAACCGGCAUGCGGCCGAGAUGGCCAACAUGUCUCUGGACAUUCUCCACUGCAUCGGGACCUUCAAGAUGAGGCACAUGCCUGAACUCAAAGUCAGAAUUCGCAUUGGCCUGCACUCCGGCCCAGUGGUAGCGGGAGUGGUGGGUCUUACGAUGCCUCGGUACUGUCUGUUUGGAGACACCGUCAACACGGCAUCUCGAAUGGAGUCCACAGGGUUGCCUUACAGAAUCCAUGUCAACAAAAGCACGGUCGAUCUUCUGAACAGCUUGAACCUGGGAUACAAAAUUCAAACCAGAGGCAUGACAGAGUUAAAGGGAAAAGGUAUUGAGUACACAUAUUGGUUGGUAGGCAGAGAGGAUUUCGACAAGCCACUGCCAAUUCCUCCGGACCUUGCAGGGGGAGCCAAUCAUGGUAUCGCUUUAGAGGAAAUACCUCCUGACAGACGACAGAAAUUCCUGGAUCGACAGAAGAAGAUGGGCUAGGCUGACUUUUUUCUUUCUUUUUUUUUUACUAAUAUCCCAGGAUGAAAUGUGAUGAAAAACACACAGCGAUUUGUGAAGGAAAAGUUGAGCCGUUGAGCAACUACCACGACUCGUUAUAAUUUGUGAUCCACUCAAAAUGAAAUCCAGCAUCACUGACGAGGGAUUUCACACACUCUGCAAAUCCUUUCUAUACGGAAAUAAUCUUUAUCGUAAACAACGCAACUGCCCUUAUAUUUGUUCAAAAAGAGACUGUAUUAUACAUAGAGUAUACAUAGAGCAUGAUAUGCAGGUUGAAUGACAGAUCCUAAGGCUUAAUGGUUAGAGGUAAGCAAGAAGGGAUUGUUAUGGUGAGUUGUUAACAGUUUAACAUGUAAUACUGGUGUACUUCAAGUACUGUAUGUAUUUGUACUUAUACAGUUUUACGUAUUUGUACUAAUCUUUGUGCUUUGUAGAGAUAUUGGAGACAUUUUAUCGUAAACAUUUCAAGAGCGGAAGUAGUUGGAGAUGCUAUUGCAUUCAUCUGGGGUAAAAUAGACCCCUCACUUUCAAAGCAACAGCCUUUUUACUACUCAGGAAAUGAGUACAUUGAAACAUUUUCCCAGUAACUAAAGUUGAUGAGCAACGGUUUAAUCAGACAUUUGAAACUAUGAAAGCUCAGGUCUGGGUUAGCUCUGAACUUUCAUUGGUGGCAUCAUUACGCUACAUCACACAUUAGGAUGAAUGAAGACAGAUAAUCCAAAAAUGGUUCAAAUGUGUCAAACAAAUGAUCUGGUUUGUUUAUUUAAUAUUAGAUCAAUAUAGAACGAGGAAAAUAAACACAUUAUCUUUGUGACAUUGUCACCUAAAAGGCAGUUUCACUAUUGCUUCACCCAAAGUACAUGUAGCCUGUUCCUGAAGCAUGCUGCACAGCUGUGCUCUUAAUGGGCCAGCAGUGGGAAGACCUGGUCUCUGUCACUCACAGUAUUUCUGCUGCGCACCUAUAUGCAUGAUGUCUGGGUCUGAAUGGCUGCAAGUCUUAUCUCCAGUGAUGUGCUUCAGCAGAUUGAGCCUUCUCGUGUGUAGCGCACUCUUCUCGAGGAAUAUGUCUGGCCCUGAGUUUCUUGCCCAUUAGUUUCUCGUCGGGAUCCCACACAGCGGCUGUGUAUGAAGUUCCUAAGAGAAUAAAUCAUUCACUAAGUCGCUCCCGUGGCCCGACCAGAGAGAAUUGUGCAGAACAUGUGGGGGAAAACAUACUCAUAAAACGGAGAGGAGAUAGUCCUCUGAGUCAUUUCUGUUUGGCUUGGGGGGACGUGUACAUACUGUAAAUUUGUACAUAGUUAGUUUGUAUUUGUGUCCUCCAGGGAUAGGGACUUUUUAGUGGACUUUUUCUUUCUGCUUGGGUCCCUAAACACACAACACAGAAGGAGAUGGCAGAAAACGAGGACUUAAUCGGUGCAUUCGUAAAGCGGGCAGCAGCAUUGUUCAAGCACUUUUUUUCCUGGCUUGCUAAUUGUCUGCUGCAGCACUGAAAUCGAAGCAAUGUCAGGACGGGAUUUCUUCUCUUUUUUUUCUCCAAAAACAGUUUUAGUCUGCAGACAUUUUUCCCUUGGGAGCGCACUUGCCGACCCCUUCUACCAUCGAUAUGAAAUGAACAUUUGACAACUGCCAGGUUGCUUGUGGUGUAGUCUUUCACAACAAGUGUUUGUCAGUGGCUCCUUAAGCAUAUUUAAACCCCCAACAAAACGCAGGAUUCUCUUUUAAGAUGAAGAGCCUGGGGGAAAGCUGUCAAUGUGGCAUUCUUCUAUUAAAGUAGGUAGGACCUACGUUUGCUAGAUUUUUAAUCAAUUUGCCAAAUAGAUUGAUCUGAUCAUAACUGAAUGGAGGUGUUCUUAAUGUGUCUCUGUAAAUAAAUGAUGG